AUUCUCUAAUUCUCUCUGAAAUAAUCUUUCAAGCCAAAGUAAAACAGAAAAAGAAGAGAACGAAUCGACAAAUUUUUUUGGUUUCUUGCAGGGAUUAUUUUAAUUUCUCGAAAAAGAAAAGGACGCUCCUCUUCAAUCUCUGCGAAAGCCCCGCAAUAUUAUAUAAUCAAUCACCAAUCUGCUCCACUUCUCUUUCUAAUUUCGUUUCUUGUUCUUGUUCUUGUUUUUCUUUUCAAUUAUAGUUUUUGUUAAGUGGAUCUUAUUAUUUUCUUUUUCCAGGUUUAAUUUCUUGUGCGUAAUGGAUUCAGGAUUCAUGCAUUCUUCUAACAAGAUUCAUUCUCGAAGUCCUCUUCAAGAGCGAUUUCUGCGCAGGAAAAAAUCCAAAGAAAAUUGGGAUAGAUUUAUACCAAAUCGCUCAGCAAUGGAUCUCGAUUAUGCACAUUACAUGUUAACAGAAGGCAGAAAAGAUAAGGAGAACCCAACUGAUUGGAAUUCACCGUCGAGAGAAGCAUACCAGAAGAAACUAGCUGACACCUUCAAUAUGAAUCGGACUCGAAUUUUGGCCUUCAAGAACAAACCGCCUGCUGCUAUAGACCCAAUUCCACAAGAGUUCUUUUCAUCAUCAGCAUCUUCUUCUCCUUUUCAUCAGCAUAAAACUGUAAAAUCGCGUCGCUACAUUCCUCAGAAUUCAGAGAGGACACUGGAUGCACCAGACCUAGUAGAUGAUUUCUACUUGAAUUUGUUAGAUUGGGGUAGUAAUAAUGUGCUUGCAAUUGCUCUUGGAGACACAGUAUAUCUUUGGGAUGCUUCAAAUAGUUCUACUUCGGAACUUGUUACUGUUAAUAGUGAAGAUGGUCCUGUUAGUAGCAUUAGCUGGGCUCCAGAUGGACAACACAUUGCUGUAGGCUUAAACAAUUCAGAUGUUCAGAUAUGGGACUGCAGUACUAAUCGACGGCUAAGAACACUAAAAGGCGGCCAUCGAUUGCGAGUAAAUUCACUUGCCUGGAAUAAUCAUAUUCUUACUACUGGAGGAAUGGAUGCAAGAAUUAUCAAUAAUGAUGUGAGAGUAAGAGAACAUGUUGUUGAAACAUACAGAGGACACCAGCAAGAAGUUUGUGGACUAAAAUGGUCAGGUUCAGGGCAGCAGUUAGCUAGUGGAGGGAAUGAUAACCUUCUUUUCAUUUGGGAUAGAUCGAUGGCCUCUUCAAAUUCACCAUCGCAGCAAUGGCUUCAUAGGCUUGAAGAACAUACAGCUGCAGUUAAGGCACUUGCUUGGUGUCCAUUUCAAAGCAAUUUGCUUGCUUCUGGUGGAGGUGGAGAUGAUAGGUGUAUUAAGUUUUGGAAUGCCCAUACUGGUUCUUGCUUGAAUUCCAUUGAUACUGGUUCACAAGUUUGUGCUUUGCUGUGGAAUAAGCACGAGCGUGAAUUACUUAGCUCUCAUGGGUUCACUGAGAAUCAGCUUACUCUUUGGAAAUAUCCAUCAAUGGUAAAGAUGGCUGAGCUCACUGGUCAUACAUCUAGAGUCCUCUUUUUGGCACAGAGUCCAGAUGGAUGCACAGUGGCAUCUGCUGCUGGGGAUGAGACCCUGCGAUUUUGGAAUAUUUUUGGUACCCCACAAGUGACUAAAUCUGCACCUAAACCAAAUGCUGGGCCAUUUGCAAUUGUGUCUCGCAUUCGUUGAUUUCAAAAAAUGGCAGAAUUUCUGGUAAGUGUUGUCAUUCAUGUUUUUUUUUUCUCUUUCUAUUUUCUUUUCUUUUCUUUUUUGUUUUGUUCUGUUUUUAUUUUUUUCCUUUUGUCUUGGUCUAGUUUCCAUCUUUAUAAAGAAGUUUGAAACAAAAGUACAGUGUUCGCAGUACAUAGAUUUGUGCUGCAAAAACAGAUGAAUAGCUCAUAUACUGUAAAUACAAUGGCUGUUAUGACAAAACGGGCAUUUUCUUGAUCAUGGUAUUUGACUAA